AUGAGUAAGGAGUGCAGGAGCCGUCUGACCUGCAGUGAGUGCAGUCUAAAACACCCUACUAUAUUGCACAUCCACAGCAAAGACAAGAACAAGGAAUCAGAAACACCUGUCAGCAGUGCCCUUGUCUCCCUAAAGGCAUGUGGUUGUACUGGGGCCGGAGAUGACAACUGUACUCUUUCCAUCGUGCCAGUACAGAUAAAAUCUAAAAAGGGAGAUAAGGUGCUGCGGACAUAUGCCUUCUUGGAUCCUGGAAGUACAGCUACCUUUUGUACAAACACUUUCGUGAAGAAGCUGAACCUACAAGGCAAAACAACCAACAUCCUACUGCGCACUAUGGGACAAGAAAAGGUCGUGGAAAGUCAAGUGAUCUCAGGACUGGAAGUAUCCAAGUUGGAUGGAAAUCAAUUUGUGGAGCUCCCAGAGACCUACAUGCAGGAAACAAUCCCUGUGUCAAGGAGCAACAUUCCCACUCAGCAAGACAUUAAAAAAUGGAAAUAUCUGAGAGAUAUCAGGAUCCCAGACUUGGAUGCUGCGGUGGAAGUCUUAAUUGGGACUAAUGCGCCAAAGCUUAUGGAGCCCUGGGAGAUCAUAAACAGCGAAGGUGAAGGACCAUAUGCCGUGAGGACCCUAUUGGGGUGGGUCAUCAACGGUCCUGCAAGGAGCAAUAAUGAUUGUUGUCAGAGAAGCUGCUCAACCAUUUGUGCCAACAGGAUAUCCGUUGCCAGGCUCGAGGAGCUGUUGAUCUCUCAAUACAACCAGGACUUCAAUGAGAAGACGUUGGAGAAGCAUGAGAUGUCAAGGGAAGAUCUGAGGUUUAUGGAGACCUUAGAAAAGUCCACUUGCAUGCAGGAUGGUCAUUACUGUAUGGACUUACCCUUUAAGGUGGAUGACAUCACCAUGCCCAACAACAGGUGCAUAGUUGAACAGCGCAUCCAGAGUCUCAAGAGGAAGUUUGAACGGAAUAAGACCUACCAGGAGGAGUACACAGCAUUUCUUACUGGCAUGAUUGACAAUGAAUAUGCGGAAGUAGUGCCUCAGGACCAGUUGGAUGAACACAGAAUGAGAGUGCACAUCUUUGGGGCAGUUUCCUCCCCGAGUUGCGCCAACUAUGCUUUGAAGAGGACUGCAGUGGACAAUAAGGCUGACUUCCCAGAGAAGGUGACAGAUACCAUCUGCAAUAAUUUCUACGUGGAUGAUUGUCUGAAGUCUUUGCCCACAGAGGAAGAAGCAAUGCAGCUCAAACGUAAAGGCAAAGAGAGGCCCACAGGUUACCCCUGUGAUCAGUGUGAGAAAGUCCUCGCCACUGCAUCAUCCUUGAAGGGACAUAAGAAGAUUCACACCGGAGAGAAGCCGUACAGAUGUGAUCAGUGCGGGGCAGCUUUUACCACAUCGGGUCAUUUAAGAAGGCACCUACGCAUUCACACUGGAGAGAAGCCGUACAGAUGUGAUCAGUGUGGGGCAGCUUUUACUGAAUCAGGUGAUUUAACGAAGCACCAACGCAUUCACACUGGAGAGAAGCCAUACAGAUGUGUGCAGUGUGGGGAAGCUUUUACCACAUCAAGUGCUUUAACUACACACCAACGCAUUCACACUGGAGAGAAGCCAUACAGAUGUGAUCAGUGUGGGGCAGCUUUUACCACAUCGGGUGCUUUAACUACGCACCAACGCAUUCACACUGGAGAGAAGCCGUACAGAUGUGAGCAGUGUGGGGCAGCUUUUACUCAAUUGGGUCAUUUAAGACGUCACCAACGCAUUCACACUGGAGAGAAGCCGUACAGAUGUGAUAAGUGUGGGGCAGCUUUUACCACAUCAGGUGCUUUAACUACGCACCAACGCAUUCACACUGGAGAGAAGCCGUACAGAUGUGAUCAGUGUGGGGCAGCUUAUAUUGAAUCAGGUGCUUUAACUACGCACCAACGCAUUCACACUGGAGAGAAGCCGUACAGAUGUGAGCAGUGUGGGGCAGCUUUUACCAAAUCAGGCGCUUUAACUACGCACCACCGCAUUCACACUGGACAGAAGCCGUACAGAUGUGAGCAGUGUGGGGCAGCUUUUACUCAAUCGGGUAGUUUAAGACGUCACCAACGCAUUCACACUGGAGAGAAGCCGUACAGAUGUGAGCAGUGUGGGGCAGCUUUUACUCAAUCAGGUCAUUUAACUACGCACCAACGCAUUCACACUGGAGAGAAGCCGUACAGAUGUGAGCAGUGUGGGGCAGCUUUUACUCAAUCAGGUGAUUUAACUACGCACCAACGCAUUCACACUGGAGAGAAGCCGUACAGAUGUGAGCAGUGUGGGGCAGCUUUUACCACAUCAGGUGCUUUAACUACGCACCUACGCAUUCACACUGGAGAGAAGCCAUACAGAUGUGAGCAGUGUGGGGCAGCUUUUACCACAUCAAGUGCUUUAACCACGCACCAACGCAUUCACACUGGAGAGAAGCCGUACAGAUGUGAGCAGUGUGGGGCAGCUUUUACCACAUCAGGUGAUUUAACGAAGCACCAACGCAUUCACACUGGAGAGAAACCGUACAGAUGUGAGCAGUGUGGGGCAGCUUUUACUGAAUCAGGUGCUUUAACUACGCACCAACGCAUUCACACUGGAGAGAAGCCGUACAGAUGUGAGCAGUGUGGGGCAGCUUUUACCACAUCGGGUGCUUUAACUACGCACCAACGCAUUCACACUGGAGAGAAGCCGUACAGAUGUGAGCAGUGUGGGGCAGCUUUUACCACAUCAGGUGCUUUAACUACGCACCAACGCAUUCACACUGGAGAGAAGCCGUACAGAUGUGAGCAGUGUGGGGCAGCUUUUACUCAAUUGAGUAAUUUAACUACGCACCAACGCAUUCACACUGGAGAGAAGCCGUACAGAUGUGAGCAGUGUGGGGCAGCUUUUACUGAAUCAGGUGCUUUAACGAAGCACCAACGCAUUCACACUGGAGAGAAGCCGUACAGAUGUGAGCAGUGUGGGGCAGCUUUUACCACAUCAGGUGCUUUAACUACGCACCAACGCAUUCACACUGGAGAGAAGCCG